UUGAAGGGAAUGGCCAGAACCAAGCAGACAGCGCGUAAAUCCACUGGAGGGAAAGCUCCCCGCAAGCAGCUGGCGACCAAAGCGGCCCGCAAGAGCGCUCCGGCCACGGGCGGGGUGAAAAAGCCUCAUCGCUACAGGCCUGGCACGGUAGCUCUGCGGGAGAUCCGCCGCUACCAGAAAUCCACCGAGCUGCUGAUCCGCAAACUGCCCUUCCAGCGCCUGGUGCGGGAGAUCGCUCAGGACUUCAAGACUGACCUGCGGUUCCAGAGCUCGGCCGUGAUGGCCCUGCAGGAGGCCAGCGAGGCUUACCUGGUGGGGCUGUUUGAGGACACCAACCUGUGUGCCAUCCAUGCCAAGCGAGUCACCAUCAUGCCGAAAGACAUCCAGCUGGCCCGCCGGAUUCGCGGGGAGCGCGCCUAAACGGAGCGUGCCUGGCCCUGCACGUUAACCCCGAGAAACCCAACGGCUUUUUUCAGAGCCACUAAG